AUUAUAAUAAUUUUAGAUAUUCAAGUUUUAAAAAAUUAGAAUUAAAAAUAAGUGAUACUUGUUGAUUACAAUAUUAUACUGAUUUUUGUAUUAAAAAUAUAAAACCUUUUUAAGCUUUAGAAGUGAGUUAGAAAUAUUAGUAAAGAAAUAUAAUGAAAAUUGCUAUUGAAGGCUGUGCUCACGGUGAGCUUCAGCAAAUCUAUAAUACAAUAGAAUUUAUUGAAAAACGUGACAACAUAAAAGUAGAUUUGCUAAUAUGCUGUGGAGAUUUUCAAGCAACACGAAAUAAUGAAGAUCUUUUAGCAAUGGCAGUUCCACCAAAAUAUAGAUUAAUGUGCAGUUUUCACAAAUAUUAUACCGGAGAAUUAGUAGCACCAGUUUUAACUAUAUUUAUUGGUGGAAACCACGAGGCUUCCAAUCAUUUGCAAGAACUCAGUUAUGGUGGUUGGGCAGCACCCAAUAUAUACUAUAUGGGUUUAGCUGGUGUAAUUAAUGUUGGCGGUAUUCGUAUUGGAGGAUUAUCUGGUAUUUAUAAAUCAACUGAUUACAUGCGAGGUAGGUAUGAAAAACAACCAUACACUGAACAAACAAAAAGAAGUAUAUAUCACAUUCGACAAUUGGAAGUAUUUCGAUUAAAACAAUUGAAACAACCAGUUGACAUAAUGUUAUCUCAUGAUUGGCCACAAGGAAUAGAAAAUUAUGGCAAUUUAAAACAAUUACUUAAAUACAAACCUUUUUUUGAAACAGAUAUCAAAGAAGGCAAAUUGGGUAGUAAACCUGCAAGAGAAUUAUUGGAUGAAUUAAAACCAAAAUACUGGUUUUCUGCUCAUCUUCAUUGUAAAUUUGCUGCCAUAGUAAACCAUACAUCAAAUGAUAAUGAAGAAAUGGAGAAAAGAUUUACUAAAUUCUUGUCACUUGACAAGUGCUUGCCAAAAAAAAGAUUUUUACAGAUUUUAGAUGUUCCUCAUGAUAAUUCUAAAUCAAUUGAUUUAAUGUAUGAUCUUGAAUGGCUGUCAAUUUUGCAUCUUACGAAUCAUUUGUUAAAUACUUAUAGUAACAUGUAUUAUUUACCAGGACCUACUGCUUCAGAAAGGUAUGAUUUUACACCAACUGAAGAGGAAAAGACAGCUGUUCUUAACAUGUUCUCUCAUGACUUGAGAAUCCCAAACAAUUUUAUUACUCUUGAAAAUUAUAAAUCGAAUACAAAUCCUCAGACUACUAAUUUUUGUGAGAAAUUAUGUAUAGACGACCCUCUUGCUUUGUUAUUAGGACAAUGGUCUCGUUCUAAUUUAACUGAAAAUGAACAUGAAAUGGAUUCUACAUUUUCAUCAUUUUUAAACUCUACUGUGUGUUCAAAUAAUGAUGACGAAAUAGAAGAUAAGUCUUCAGAAAAAUUAUCAAUGUCUCCAUUUAUACUACCUGAACCAAAAAAUGAUAGUACAUAUUCAAAUAUUAAUGAAAAUUUAUUUUUGAAUAAUUGCUCUAACAUCACAACACCAAAUAAAUCUAUGGAAAAAUCUGAUGAAGACAUUCAACAAUCACAAGAUGCCGAUGUAAAUAUUGAAGUAAAUAAUAUAACUACUAAAACAAAAUGUUUAAAAAGAAGGAAUUAUCAACAAACUCAUGACAAUGACUGUGAAUAG